AUGGACGUCCCGCACCAGGGCCGGGGCAGGUCCCCCUCGGUCGCCGGAGACGAAAACCAGCACAUAAAUCCCUCCGAUCCCAUGAACCCAGCGGCCCAGACGUAUCAAGAUCGAGCUGCGACCCUCACCUUAGACCCUGCGCUCUCCAACGUCUCCCCUUCGCCGUCUGGCUUCCCUGGCUCGAAUCCUACGACGAGUGGCGCCGCCGAUGCCUACGCGAUCAACAACUCGUUCAUACAUAAUUCUACCACGCUGGAUGACAAUCUCCUUCGCGCGAACAUCCCCUCUGACCCUUUGUUCAACCAGCCGCAGUCGUACUCCCAAUCAUUCGAGGCGAGCUUCAUCCAGCAGCUUGAGCACUCCUCGAACCUGAAGGCACACUCGGGAAAUAACAACGUCACCAAUCUCCUCCCAUCAGAUCAGCUUGGCUUCGAGGAUUUUGGCAUGUAUUCGAACAACAACCAGGCUUCUGAGUUUGGCUCUUCGCUCCUUCUUGAUCCCCAGGUGGCCCAGUCGUCACCUCACCUUAACCAGUCCAUCAACCCAGCCGACCUUAGCAGGAUGUCCUCUCCUCACAAUCCCACCCCGCCCCAUCUAGCGCCUCCAGAAUCGCACCCAUCACCGCGCCCUACAUCGCCGGUGUCAACACCCGGAACCUACUAUACGCCACAGCAUUCACGCCACACCUCUCUAGAUCCCUCGAGUGCGGCAUACAUCACAGGACAUGGGCACUCUGAUUGGCAAGGAAUGCUCGGAAACCCAUCUUUCCAAGGUCACAGGAGGGCUCCGUCGGAACACUCUGACGUUUCUUCUGUUGCCCAUUCCCCAUACCUGCCACAAGAGAAUGCCUUUGAUAUUUCGGAGAAUAACCACUCUCCACUUUUAAUGGCUCAACCCGACCCGGCAAUAUAUGAAAACGCCCUGGGCAUCGGAUCCUUUACCAUCUCAGAUCAAGACCAAGCCUUCAGUCCCGCCCACAGUCCUUAUAAUAUGUCCCCCCGACUCAUGCCACAACAACCUGGCGGGGACCUCGGACCUGACCCCACAUUUCUCACUACUCAGACUUUGACCAGUCAAUUCAGUUCAGGACCCUCGGAAGCAUAUGCUAUGAAGACGGAGACGUCUGGUCCACCGCCCUUUCAAUCGCAAAAUAGCCCAGGUGAAAUGGGACAGGCUGCCCAGAUGACACCACCCGUGAUCAGCGUGGAGUUUGCGCCGCCAUCAAGAACAUCGACCUUUGAGACGUCUACUAAGGGAGAAGGAGGCAAAGAUACUCUGAGCCCACCCAUUAGUCGGCGAGGUAGAAGUAAAUCCGACCCGUUCGCGCAGUCCAUGUCACGCUCUUUAUCUGCUUCUGCACUCACUGCACCUUUUCCUAGCAUGCCACAUGACCCCCGUUCGCUGUCUCCGUUCCCUCGUAGCACUGGAACUCUCAGCACUCCGUCAUCUCGUGAAGUUUCACCGGCAGCGAAGAAUCGAAGACAAUCUACUUCAUCGAUAGAUAGCCGCAACUAUAUACUUGAUCUCGCGGAUCCUCAGCGACCAGGUUCAAACGCAGGUGAUUCUAAGCGGGUACAAAAGCACCCGGCUACUUUCCAGUGUAAUCUUUGCCCAAAACGAUUCACACGAGCUUAUAACCUACGCUCUCAUCUCCGAACACAUACUGAUGAACGACCAUUCGUGUGUACUGUGUGUGGUAAAGCCUUUGCUCGCCAGCAUGACAGAAAGCGGCACGAAGGACUACACUCCGGGGAGAAGAAGUUUGUUUGCCGUGGAGACCUAACACGAGGUGGACAGUGGGGCUGUGGGCGCCGAUUUGCUAGGGCUGACGCCUUGGGAAGGCAUUUCAGGUCUGAAGCCGGUAGAGUCUGCAUCAAACCUCUUUUAGAUGAAGAAGCUGCCGAGCGAGAGCGCACGUUCAUGAGUCAACAAGAUCAACAGCAGCAAGAGCCGCAGCAGCAGCAGCAGCAACGAGUUACGGGGCAUUUGCAACCUGUUUCACAAACAAUGACUGUACAAGGCAUGGACGGCCAGCAUCCGGCAUUUACUCUUCCUGCUGCACUCCUGGCUCAAUAUCCUGCCCUCCAGACAUUGCAAUGGGACCAAAUAGCCACCCAACCUGACGAUAACGGUGACCUUCGGGGUGGUGGACGCAGCAGCUUCGAUGCCAGUUCUGGUGGCGAGUUUGGAUUUGGUGAUGAUGACGACACUGGAUUGAGUAGCGGGUAUGUGAGUGGCCCUGGGCCGGGCCGUGCCGCCUCAUCACAGGAUCAGCUGCUGGGUGUUAGUUCGAGCGGCGGAGGCUGGCAUCCCCAUGCCGGACGAUGGAGCAGUGACUACGAUGGAGUUAAAUAGGCCGUCGUACUGACACCUCUUCUUUGCAUUUGCCAACACCCUUUUUUAACUCUUAACCCUCUCUAACCUCUUCUUUACCUCUCUUCCCUUCCAUCUCGCGUCUAGUCGGUUCCUUCAUACCUUUCGCCUUUUCUUUCUUUUUCUCUUUCUCUUUUUUCUUUUUUCUGUUUUUCUCUUUUUCUUUUCAAUCUUCGCCUACCAACCAUUUUGCUUUAUCGACAUGCAUUUCCCACCGUACCUCUUGACGAUCCAAUCUAUGCGGUUUUUGUUCUCGAUGCGAGGGACAGUUGUUUUCGCUGUUCACUUAAAAAAUGGCAUGGUAUGGUAUGGCCUGCCCCAUGAUCAUUCUACAUGUGUCUCAGUCAGGUUUCAUUAUUUUUGGUGGCUUCUUGCUGAUAUAUAUAUACCGAAACCUCGGAUGCUUUUUCUGCUUUCAAGCCCACGAUCUUGUACAACUUUGUACUUUUCUUUCUGCGUUUAUUUUAACUGUUUUGUGUUGAUAAUUGAUGCUUCUAACGCUUAAUACUUCUUGACUUUGCCAUCUUCCGCGGUUUUACCCCCCCUCUCCUUCUCUCUCUCUCUGUGUGCGGGGCUCUCUCAUAUCUGCUUAUUGCUGAUAGCAAAAUACCCAUGGGCUCUGAAUUACUCUGAAUGAAAUUAGGGAUUACCGGGUUUAUGCAAGUUUCAGUUUGCUGCUGAC